AUGCACCUUAUCCUAUUGGAUGCCAAAUCAGCAUUUGACAUGGUGGAUCAUAAACAUUUACUAAGCAGAUUAUUUCAUAUUGGGGUUACUGAUAAACAUUGGUCUAUUAUUGAAAGUUUUCAUAGAAAUUGCAUCAGCUCAGUGAAAUGGAUGAGUCAAGUGUCUUCGGAAUUCCGGGUGCAUCAAGGCGUGAAGCAAGGAGGCGUGCUCAGCACUGAUCUCUACAAGAUCUACGUUAACCCCCUUCUAGAUAGGCUGGUCGACGCAAAUAUUGGAUCCUCGAUAGGCAGUGUCAGAUGUUCUACUAGCGCUUGUGCCGACGACAUAUGCCUGUGUGCAGAUUCUUUGAUCGAGGUGCAGGGGCUGCUAAACAUCUCAGCUGAGUUUGCAAACAUGGAACGGUAUCUGCUUCAACCUAAGAAGAGUGUACAUAUACAUGUUAAUCCUCGGCGUAAAAACAAUACACACCUCCCUUUGAUAUUAAAUGGAUCAGAGCUUCCUACAGUGAAGAGAGCACUGCAUUUGGGAAUUAUCCGUACAGAGUCUCUACUGAACAAUCAAAAAGAAAAUGUUGACGAAAAUCUUAAAAAGGCAAGAAGAAAAGCAUACAGCCUAUUUGGAAGUGGUUAUCAAGGGCACGAGGGACUCAACAUAUCCUCUGUGAUCCUUCUAUACAAGACAUACGUGGUACCGGUAUUGUUGUAUGGAUUGGAGCUUUUACUUCCACCAGAAAGCAUGAUCAAUAAGCUUGAACUGUUUCAAAGAAAAUUCGUUAAAGAAAUCCUUCGGUUACCGGACAACACAGCAAACCCUUCCAUUAAUCUCAUAACUGGAAUUUUACCGAUUGAAGCGCAAAUCCAUAUUCGUGCACUAACUUUUCUCCAUACGUUAUUAAUGCAAGAUGACAAUAGUGCUGAAAAAGAAAUCCUAAAGAGGCAGAUCCAAAUAAAGUCAGUUAACAGUGCAUCUUGGUUUGUAGAAGUGCAAAAGUUCAUGUGGUUAUAUGAUCUUGGUUUGAUUGAGGAUAUUCUCCAUGAUACACCCACUAAAGGCCGUUGGAAAACUAUUAUACACGGUGCUGUCAACCGAUACUGGUUAAGCGCAUAG